AUGCAAGGCUUCAAGUUGUUUGUGCUUUUGGUACUCCUGCACCAGUUUAACUUAUCUACUAACGGAUAUAGCCACCAGCACCCUGGUUUUGCCCAGCGUUUGCAGAUAAAGCCGCUCUGCUUGCAGGUGCCUCAGAGAUACACUGAAGCUCCAACUCCAACGCCGACAAUAAUCUUUUCUGCGCUGGAGAAGGAAGAGGUCAUCAGAGCAGCAAAAGCAGAUUAAUCGCAUUAGAGUU